AUGUUCCAGCCAUCUUUCCUUGGUAUGGAAUCCGCAGGUAUCCAUGAAACUACAUACAACAGUAUUAUGAAGUGUGACGUUGACAUCCGUAAAGAUCUGUAUGCCAACACUGUGUUAUCAGGUGGUUCCACUAAGUACCCAGGAAUUGCCGAUCGUAUGCAGAAAGAAAUCACUGCUUUGGCUCCACCAACGAUGAAGAUCAAAAUCAUUGCUCCACCAGAGAGGAAAUACUCUGUAUGGAUCGGUGGUUCUAUUUUAGCCUCACUUUCAACUUUCCAACAGAUGUGGAUCAGCAAACAGGAAUACGACGAAUCCGGACCAUCUAUUGUACACAGAAAAUGUUUCUAG